GCAGAAGUUAUCUGCAGCGUCUGAAAUUUUCCCUGCCAUACCCAGAAAAGGGCCACACAUGGCAAAUACAACUCUGGCUGCAGUGGUGGCGUUGCUAUUGACAUGUGGUGCAAUCGGAGUAGGUGGCAAUCUCAUCCAACUUGCUACGAUGAUCAAACAAAUGACUGGGAAAAACGCCAUACCAAAUUACAUGGCCUAUGGGUGUUAUUGUGGAUGGGGAGGCAGAGGCAUGCCAAAGGAUCAAACUGACUGGUGCUGUCGUAACCAUGACUGUUGCUACAAGAGAGUGGAUGAGCAGGGAUGUUGCUCCAAACUUGCCACCUAUUCUUACAUCUACAAGUCAGGGAACAUCAUCUGUGGAAACGAACCCUGGUAUUGGGAAAGGAUUUCGGAUGUUUCAACCCGGUGUGAGCGCCUGACCUGUGAAUGCGACCAAAAGUUUGUGCAGUGCCUGAAAAAGAACUUAAAGACAUACCAGAAGAAGUACAGCUAUUUCCCCAACUUUUUGUGCAUUGGCCACCCUCCUCUGUGUCCUGUUGAGCCACGAAUGAGGAGGAGUAGGGAGACAGUGGGGAGGAGGGAGUCUUUAUCAACGGAAGAUGAAGAUCUUAUGGGGAUCAAUGGUGUUGCUGGUUUGCACUGCUGCCUGGCCCACGAUUGCUGCUACGAAAAGUUGAGUGACUGUAACGCCAACACCGACGUAUACGACUAUUCCAUCGACGAUGGAGUUAUUACUUGUGGUGAAGGAAGCAGCUGUGAAAAGCAGGUAUGUGAAUGUGACAAAACAGCAGCCCUCUGUCUGCGGGACCACCUGGACACUUACGAUAAGGAGUAUCGCUUUUACUCUGACACGAACUGCCAGGAAGGGCCGAUGAAGUGCUGAGCUCAGCCCCUGCAGGCUCAAAGCUGCAUUGCAACUCCUCUUCAAAAAUAAAAAAAAAUGAAGCUUGCA